AUGGACCAACCGGGACCAGGGAAAAAGGCCGAGGUUAAAAAAGAAUCAAGCAAGCUAGAAAGUAUGAUGGAAUCAGAUAAGCCAAAAAGUACGAGAGAAUCGAGUGGGACAGAAAGUAUGCCGGAAGCAGGCAGGAAAGAAAGCAUACCGGAAGCAGGUAAAAAAGAAAGCAUGCCGAAAUCAGCACAGCCUGCACAAAGCAACGAAGAAGCAUCAUCGAUCACCGCUCAGGACUACAUACAUGAGCAACUGAGUUUGGAAAAAGAGGCAAGGAUGCGUAUGCCGUACGAUCCAGACAAGUGUACGUACGAAUUGGGCCCAAUUCGCCAAGAAGUGUAUGCAUGCUUAACGUGUUCAGAAAGAUCUAGAAAACCAUGCGGGGUGUGCUUUGCAUGCUCAAUCAGGUGUCACUCGACCCACCGGUUGGUCGAACUUUUCACAAAACGUGAAUUUUCGUGUGAUUGCGGAACGGAGCGGACUGCCGGCAACGGAAAAUGCAAAAUCAGGUAUGGCCGGCAUGAAUCACGUCCUUCAUCCCGGAGAUCGUCCUUGUUGCUCGACAUGCGUCCGUCCUUACACCAAAAAGAUACCAGCAGUUCGCAGAAGCAGAUUCUGGACGUGCCAUCGAUGUCAAACACGUACAACCAGAAUUUUCGCGGUUUGUUUUGCAGCUGCAAAAAACCAUACAACCCGAUGGAUGACAGCGACAUGUUCCAGUGCCAGUUUGGUCAGGCAUGUGGGGAAGACUGGUAUCAUGAAGAAUGCCUAAUGGGGCUUUUUCCGGGUGUUGUGAGCCGGCGUCCGACACUUUCCGAGGCAAAAUCAGGCGAAAACCGGUUGGAAACGCUUUCCGAGGCCGGAAUUGACGCCGAAUCGGAUCACAAGACUGGAAAUUGCGUUGGCGAGGUUUUGCCAAUGCCCGAAUUCCCGUCUUUGGACACAUUCGAGACGAUUGUGUGCUGGAAGUGCGUCCAGAAGUUUCCAGAACAGUUUGCGCGUCUUGCCAGUCUUUUGCACUGCCAGAAGGUGUACUACGUGCCCUCCGGAAGUCUCGAGGAGAGACGGAGGCUUCUUUUAGGCGGUGAAAAGCAUGAUAAUGCCGAUUGUGGGAGCAGAAAAAGGCCCCGGAGGUCUUUCCCCUACACAAUACUGCUGGGAAAGGAUUUUAAGAGCCAGAUUCGUCGGCUGGUGCAGGAAAACCAGCCUCAAAAUGCCAGUCUGGUGAAGUUGAUGAAGGAAUUCGCAUUCAUGUAUGAGGAGGAUCCGAUAUACAAGCCGCCGGAAGACACGGAUGACGAAAGCUCGUCGAUUUUCGAAAUGGGAAUGAAGGAAUUGAGCAAAGUGCCUGUAGAGCAGGCAAUAACCGGCAUGGAGGCGUACGAAAAGAUUAAGAGUAAGUUGACAGAGUUCUUGAAGCCGUUUGCUGAGCAGAAGAAAGUCGUUACAAAGGAUGAAGUGACGCGUUUCUUCGAUGCAGAGCUGGGCAAGGGGGUGUGA